GAACAUGCCGCCCCCCGCGUGAGGCAUGAGCGGCCGCGGUACGGGGGGGCAACGCUGCCAGCUGAUCCUGCAGCGUUGCCUCGCGAUCCAGCUCACCAAGCCCGGCAACGCGCCCGAUGACUUCUGGAUGUAUGACUCGGGGUAUCUGCUCUUCCAGAGUUUCCUAGCGGCUAACGCGAAAUGCUGGUGGGCAGGGGCCCUGGCAGCCGCCACGGCAGAGCUCCGGUACGCGGGUUAUGUGUCCCCCGGGGUGCUCCUGGUAGCCGGGGCCCCCAGGGCCCUCGAGACCGUCCGGGGGGCCUACGCGCGGUCCGUGCUGAAGCCGCCGGCUACUUACCUCAUUUGCGGGCUGGCCAUAGAAAGAGUUGAGGAUACACUUAUGAGCCAACUGCAGCGAGUCAUAGAGGACCUCCCGACUCUUGGCCGACUUGAUAAUAAUCCCCACCUGCCUAGGACUCUGUCUGCCUUACUGCAAAGCUUAAUCAUGAUAAACUUACCCUCUCCUCAUAACAUAGCCGUAGAACGAGUUGAGGAUGCAUUUAUGAGCCAGGUGCAGCGAGUCAUAGAGGACUUCCCGACUCUUGACCGAUUUGAUACAGUUACGUCCUAUUGCGGUACCUGA